CUGAGUCAAAAAGUAUAAUAAACCCAAAAAAAAAGACAAAAAGCAUCUGCCGAAAGCAAGAAAUGAAAAAACAACAUUGUGGGGUGGGCUUCGUGCUCCUUUUCGCGCUCCUCCUCCUCCUCCUCCGAAUGUCUGUCGUCUGAGCUGUCUCCUUCUCCCUUGGUUUGUUUCGUUGUUUGUCGUCACUGUCGCAAGUAGGAGGAGGUGUCUGCUAACGAUGGAGCACCAACCUCUUUUGCAGCGAUAUCGCCGUGAUCGUCGUAAGCUCUUAGAAUUUCUCUUGUCGUCGUCGGGUCUCGUCACGGAGCUCCGGACCCCGACCGGGUCCGCCGCCUCGCUUUCCCACAUCGAUUUUGAUACUCUCAGCGCCGAUUAUGUCCUCGACUGCGUCAAAUCCGGUGGAGUUUUGGAUAUAUCUGAAGCAACCAAGAAGUACUUCCAUGAAUCUUCUUACCCUCUAAUGAUUCAUUCCCAAUUAGGCAAUUCCUUUUUUCUACUUUCUGAUCCAGAAUUAUCUGGAUCACCUCCUCGGCGUGUGCCUUCUCCCAUAAAUGUGAACCGAACCUCCGAGAAUGCAUCAAGUUCAUCCACCCAGAUGGAUUCUUUGAAUGUUGAGGACAUUGCAAAGGCUGGUGAUUACUAUGGUUUUAAAGAUAGAGCCAUGCUGAGUGCACCUCCGAAGCCUGUUAAAGAUGUUACGAACAUGUCAUUGGGAUUGCCUCAUCUGAACACAGGAUUGUCGGAUGAUGACUUGCGGGAGUCGGCCUAUGAAAUAUUGCUUGCAUCUAUGGCAACUUCUGGGAUUGUAAUAUGUUCAAUUGAGGACAGAAAGAAGCAAAGGAGUUCCAAAUUGCUGUCCCGAUUGAAGAGUAGAAAGGAUACAGCAAAUGUGCAGUCUCAGCCUCUUGAAAGACAUUUACAGCUCCUCAACACCAUCCGUGUGCAAAUGCAGAUUUCAGAAGCGAUGGAUGAGAGCACUAGGCAAAAGUUGAUGCUGUUAGCGUCAGGGAGAACACGGGUGCAAAUCGAUGUUCCUCAAGUUUUGUUGGGGCUUUUAAAUGGAACUUUUAAGUCUGAUUUUCCAAAUGAAAAAUCUUAUUUGCAAUGGAAGAAUAGACAGGCAAGUAUCUUAGAAGAGCUUCUCUGUUUUUCUGCUAAUCUUGUAGCACACGAUCAACAAGCUAUUAAGCGCUCUCUAGCUGUGGUCAGAAAUUCGAAGGAAUGGGACUUUAUGUCUCUAUCUGAACGGGCAGAGGUUCUAUCAGUUAUCAAACAGGUGGCCUUGAAGUUUUCAUCUCUUCCAGGACACUUCGGUAUCCAAAGUGAGACCUAUUAUUGGACUUCUGGGUAUCACCUGAAUAUUAGACUUUAUGAAAAACUACUUCUUGGAGUGUUUGAUGUUCUUGAUGAAGGCCAGCUGAUAGAGGAAGCUGAUGAGUUCCUGAUGCUUAUAAAGAUGGCAUGGCCUACUUUAGGCAUUACUCAAAAAAUCCAUGAUGCACUAUAUGGGUGGGUUCUUUUCCAACAGUUUGUUGCGACAGAUGAGCCUGUGCUGUUGGAAUAUGCAACACUAGAGUUGCAGAAAAUUAUAUCAGCUGAAGAUGAUGAUGAGAAGUUGAGGCUAUAUAUGACUAGCCUGUUAUGUUCAAGGCAAUGCAAUGGCAGUGAGAUAAAGCUUAGUUUGGUAGAGGCUGUCUUCUACUUGAUAAGCAUCUGGUCCGAGAGUAAAUUGGAAGAUUAUCAUCUGCAUUUUAGUCAGCAACCUUGUCACUUAAAGAAGGUAUGGAGCUUAGUGUCAGUAGUUGGCAUUCAUACUUUCCGUGAUGGUGGUGAUAUGAAGUUGAGCAGGUUGAAUAUUCUCGAUGAGGAUCCUUCUACAAUAUUUGAAUCUUAUGUGAAAAGGUCCAUUGAAGCUGCAUACAGACGGGUAGCAAGUAACGUAGAUCAUUUAUCCAAAGUGGAAAAGAAACAUCCCUUAAAUGUGCUUGCAAAUGAACUGAGGUUGAUUUCUGAGAGAGAGUUCAAUGUGUUCUACCCGAAGCUAUGUAAAUUGUGUCCUCAAUCUGUGAUGAUCGUGGCUAUGCAAUUGCACCGGGUUUAUUGGGAAAGACUGAAAUCAUUUAUUGAUGGAGUAUCAUCUCUUUCUGAAGAUGUUAUAUCAGUGCUUCCAGCUGCUCAUUUAUUGGAUCAAGGCCUAACUCAGCUAUAUAAUAUUGGUAAUGGAGCAAACAGCGGAGAUCUGCACCAUUAUCCGAUUGGCGAGGUUGCUAAACCUAUCAUUCUUGAUUGGGUGAUUGCUCAGCAUGCACGUAUAUUGGAAUGGACUGGACGCGCGUUUGAUCUUGAGGAAUGGGAACCAUUGUCAUCUCAGCAAAGGCAGGCACCAUCAAUAAUUGAAGUAUUUAGGAUUAUAGAGGAGACUGUGGAUCAAUUUUUUGGUUUCAAUCUCCCUAUGGACAUCACACAUUUGCAAGGUCUGUUAUCUGUUGUCUUCCACGCCCUGGAUGCCUAUUUGCUGAAAUUGCUCGACGAGUUAGUUGAGAAGAAUCAUUUAUAUCCAUCACCUCCUCCAUUGACUCGUUACAAGGAGACGACGAUUCCUGUGAUGAAGAAAAAGUUGCUGGAGUGUGUGCCUCUGGAUGAUAAUGUGUAUGACAAGUUGAAUAGUUUGACAAUACCCAAACUCUGCAUCAGACUGAAUACUUUAAAAUAUAUUCAGAAACAAAUAGACAUACUAGAAGAGGGGAUCAGAAAAUCUUGGGCACUUGUCAGACAUUCUUCUGAUAAAAAAUGGGACAAGAAACAGUCUCUAGGAACCUCAACAUGUAAUGAGCAAGUUGAUGAGCUCUUUGCCACCACCUUUGAAAUUAUCAGGGAUACUGCAGCAAAUGCUAUCAGCAGACUUUGUGACUUUACUGGUGCAAGAGUCGUGUUCUUGGAUCUCAAGCAUGCAUUCCUUUUCGGUUUAUACUGUGGUAAUGUUGAAGGUGCUCGUUUGGAUGGUGUUCUCACACAUAUUGAUACUGUCCUUGGUCAUCUAUGUGGUUUAAUUGAUGAUUCUCUUAGAGAUGUCGUGGUUUUAAGCAUCUUUCGGGCAUCACUGGAAGGCUUUGUAUGGGUGCUGCUUGAUGGAGGGCCUUCUCGUGCAUUUUGUGAUUCAGAUAUUUUACUGAUGGAGGAUGACCUUGCCACACUAAAGGAAUUUUUUGUAGCUGAUGGAGAAGGCCUUCCUCGAUCGCUAGUGGAGCAGGAAACAAAAUUUGCUGAGCAGAUACUGAACGUGUAUUCUUUUCAGACUGAAAGUAUUAUCCAAAUGCUGAUGGCUGCAAGUGAACAAAUAUCAUCAGGCUUAGAUUCACAUGAUCACAAUCAUGUGCGCUUAAAUAAUGCCCACACUUUGGUACGGAUUUUAUGCCACAAGAAAGAUAGAGAGGCCUCCAAAUUCUUAAAAAGGCAAUAUCAGUUCCCCAUGUCUUCAGAGUAUGAUGACACUCCGUCAAAGGAUCCAACUUCCCGGUCACCUCUCAGAUCAGAUCUUACGAAUCGAAGCACGUCGUUUCAUUGGAACAAGAUGAGUCCUACUAGUUUUAAGACAUUUAAGAAGAAACUUCAAGAUGCAACAUCUGAAAUCAGGAACGUGGCGUGGUAGUGUGCAGCAAGAGAACGGGCUGUAAGGCAACUUGUUCUCAAAUAGAUGCCGAAAGGGCAUCGAGUUGGCUCUCCGGACCGGCAGAAGAAUGAGGCACCGAGAUUUGUGUGCAGCCAGCCAAUUUUUGUGUUCCGGUAUCCGUACAGCUUUAUUGGCAAACUACCACCUCCAUUAUGAUGCUAGCUAGUUUGUGCGUUAAUUUAUUCGUUGAACAUAGGGGGACAAAACAUAAAAUACCAAAAGACUAUCAGUUCUGUUAUUCUGCAGCGGCCCAAAAUUGGGAGAUUUUAGAAUAGUUUGUCCCUAUAUUGCGAGUAGAAUACAUUCCUAAAACCUUAAAUCAAGUAAUUUCGCACUAAAAUCCAAUUGCAUGUAGCAUCGAGGGAAAAUAUUCUCUUGUUAGACUGUAUGGCGACAUUCUAAAACCUCGAAUCGAGUAAUUUCCCACACUAUGGCAA